UGAGCCUUUAAAACUGGCAGAGCACUGUAGGCUGGCAUUGCCUGGGCAGUGACCUGGAGAGCUAGCAGGCCUGCAAUUCCACAGUGCUUUUUGUUUUUUUCCUUUAUAUAUUUUAUAAAAGGAUUUUUCCUUUAAAAGCAAAAGGAGAAAUUAGUAUCAGAAUACUCUAGGUUUCAGUAGAAUUCUCAUCGUCUCUACAGACAUCUGUGUCAGGGGUGAGUGAGCUCCCCUUGUUCAUCGACAGUUCCAGAGCAGACUCGGGACUCAUCACACCAACAGAGCAGGUCUGUUCUGGCUACUGCAGCCAUCUGAGUGGCUUUCAGGAUGAGGUACACAGGGCUGACGGGAAUACUGCUCACCCUGGUCAACCUGCUGCAGCUGGCUGCGACUCUGAGAAUUGCAGCCUUCAACAUCCGGACUUUUGGGGAUACUAAGAUGUCCAAUGCCACCCUCUCUAGCUACAUUGUGAAAAUCCUGAGUCGCUAUGACAUUGCUGUGGUCCAAGAGGUCAGAGACACUCACCUGGUUGCUGUUGGGAAGCUACUGGAUGAACUCAAUCGGGACAUCCCUGACAACUAUCGCUAUAUAAUCAGUGAGCCGCUGGGCCGCAAAAGCUACAAGGAACAGUACCUUUUUGUGUACAGGCCCAGCCAGGUGUCUGUUUUGGAUAGCUAUCAUUAUGACGAUGGCUGUGAACCCUGUGGAAAUGACACCUUCAGCCGAGAGCCAGCCAUUGUCAAGUUCUUUUCCCCAUACACUGAGGUCCGAGAGUUCGCGAUCGUGCCCUUGCACUCAGCCCCAACAGAGGCUGUGAGUGAGAUCGAUGCCCUCUACGAUGUUUAUCUAGAUGUCCGGCAAAAGUGGGACCUGGAGGACAUCAUGUUCAUGGGAGAUUUCAAUGCUGGCUGCAGCUACGUCACUUCCUCCCAAUGGUCUUCCAUUCGCCUUCGGACAAGCCCCAUCUUCCAGUGGCUGAUUCCCGACAGUGAGGACACCACAGCCACAUCCACACGUUGUGCUUAUGACAGGAUUGUGGUUGCUGGAGCUCUGCUCCAGGCUGCUGUUGUCCCCAACUCGGCUGUCCCCUUUGACUUCCAAGCAGAAUACAGACUUACCAACCAGAUGGCUGAAGCCAUCAGUGACCAUUACCCAGUGGAGGUGACACUCAGAAAGACCUGAUGUCAUUGAGUUCAGCCACACUGCUUCCGGUGAGGAAGAGUCCACCUCACCUAUGUGUGGUACUGCGGCAUUCCAACACCUCGGCACAGGGAACGUCUACCACGCGGACUUAGAAAUACUGUUUAAUUGGAGUAAAUAAAGCUGAGCCUGAGCA